CACCAGAGAGGCAUGCAUACAACAGAAACAAUUGCUCCCCUGGAAUAGAUAUGCACCAGGAUAUGCCCCAAUCAAUCAGAGGGGGACCACACCAUCCACAGCUCAAUCUGAAUUUUCAAAGGUCACCACAUACAUUUUAUGCCAACAGACCAGCUAAGAGCCCUUCACCGCCAGUAUUCCCUGGGAUGGUGUUACCAGAUUUUAGCAAGCCACCUCCAAAGGUUCCCCUGAGACACCCUGGUCCUCUCCCUAGCCCACCCUUAGGAAUUAUGCCCCCUGUCUCCCCAGGAUUCCUACCCCCAGAGGCUCAAGCAGGAGUUCACUGCUCUAUGUAUAUACCACAGAGUGACCCUUUGUGUGGACGGCAAGUGUAUCAUCGUGAUAGACACAUUCUUGAAGCCAUAGAACCUUGCCAUGAUGGUGGGAAAAACGCUGCCAUCCAGGCAGUUAUAAACCAAGCAAGGAAAGACAUGGGAGUAGGCUCGCAUGUAACUCAAGCAAUGUUUGAUGAGAAAUUUGCGAAGCAAGCAAUUUUUGAUCAAACCAAAAAAAUUCAACAGGGCCCUGCUUAUCAACCAGGUUUUGAUCCAGGAAUAAAUAGAUUCCAACAUGCUGCUCCUAAUCAGUCAACUCUUAUUCCCAGGACCAACAGUUAUAGACAAGUGUUUGCUAAUCAAGCAACAUGUAAUCAAAGGGCAAACAAUUUCAAACAGAGCUCAUCUCAUCAAUUAACAUUUGAUCAAAGAACCAACAGUUACAAAGAAGGCUCUAUGAAUCAAGUUACAUACGAUCCAAAUACUCAUCAAGUAACAUCAGAAUCAAGGUCCAACAAUACCUGUGAAGGUUCUGCUAAUCAAGCAACAUUUGAUCUCAGGACUAACAAUUCCCAACAAUGCUCUACUAGUCAAGCAACAUUUGAUAUUAGAACCAAUAAUUCACAAGAAUGCUCUCCUAAUCAAGGAAUAUCGGAUCCUAAAACCACUAAUUACAAUGAAGGCCAUAUAAGUUACCCAGCAAAUCCACAAAAAAGUUCUGUGAAAGUUGGUCAAGCCCUAGUUCAAGGAGGUUAUAAUGCACAAGCACAAAGACUGGAUAAGCAUUCAGGGUCCAGUUUUAAUCUUAAGUACAGCCCAUAUGCUCGCCCUGGUUGCGCAACACAGAGUCAAACCCAUGAAAGUGUUCAACCAGGACAAACUAUGGGACAAAAUGAGGAUAUUGCAGAGGAACAUGAUGACAGAAAACAUCAACCAAAUAAAGACCUGAAACGAGACCAAAUGAGCAUAAGUCACAGAGCAGAAAGUACUGGUUCAUUCCUGGGUGGGUUAUGGAUUCCUCAUGAUAUGUUGAAUAAAACCAAAAUGACUGCUCCCCACCCGAAUGCCAAGUUUGCCUACCAGUGCCAAUCAUAUAGCAAUGUUUACAAUAGCAACAGCCAAAAAACUCCCACUCCUUUUCAACAGGACUCCCGUCAAUAUCAUACUGGCAAAGUUAUAGCUGUUGCACCUCUGAAACAUGAGGAGGUUUGGACAACUAGUGAAGUGAGCAACACACACAAACAACCUUGUCCUAACAUUCAAAAGGAGGCCUCUCAAAUUGAAGACAAAAGUCAUCAUAAACCUGGAACCUUUCACAAACCAGUAGAGGUACGAACUCUAAGUGAAGGAAAAGAC